CCAACAAGAUUUCUCUCUCUCUCCAACAAACUUGCUUCACUUUUUUUGAACCGAUUUGUCUUCCUGUUCAGAAUCGUUCACCAGAUAUUAUCGAUAUAGAACGCCGGGAUCUCUUCCGGGACAUGGCUGAGAUCGGAAUUUCAGUGGUUUCACGGAAGGUAAGCAUCUCGAACUCCCGGAGUAGUUGCAGGUUUGUUUCGUUUUUCUGAUUCGUUUUGGGGCUCGAGGUUCUAUUUUGUACGAGUUUUCUCAGAUCUGCUUUAGGCUUUUGGAUAUUUAGAACAAGUUUCGUAGCUGCGGAUGGUGGUCGGUGGGAGGCUUGGUUAGGGUUUCUAGCGCAGCUGCUUUUUGUUGGAUUUGAAGUGCGGCUUUGUCGAUUCCGGGAGGAAAUCCUUGAAUUUGGGGGCUUUGGCUGUUGGAUGAAAUGAAAGGAGACCUCGUACGUGGUGAUCGGCGUGGGAAGCUGGAGAAGGAUAGAGUGCCUUCGGGAAGAUUGAUCAUCAAGAAGAAAGGGGAUGAGGCGGGUACUGAUGUUUCUUCUGUGAAGCAGAAGGCAUUGUAUUCGAAAAAAGAGAAUAAGAGAAAGCGGUUGAUAGAUACUGAUGAUUCUGAAUCUGACAAGGACUUGUUAGUUUCUCCUCGUAGAAAGGUUGUCUGUGGAACCACUCGAGCUAGUAAUGGUUCUGCUGCUCCUAAAAACAGUAGUGUAGAAUAUUCUAAGAGCAAGGGAGAUUUUGAAAGUGGUAGGAAGAAAAGUAGGUCAGAACAAAUCAAACGUAGAGAUGAUGCCAAAAGUGUUAUGAACAGAUUUGCUGAAGAUGAAAUUGAAAACAAGAGAAGUAGGCUGGAUGUUUUUGAAUACACUGAUGAUCCCAUAGUUGACACAAAAAAGCUUAGGAAGCCACCUUUUGAUGGUGAUGCAAUUGGGACCGGUGGGCACAGCAUUUUGAGUGUGAAAAUUCGGGAGCCUAGCGGUGGGCGGAAAGAACUUGGGAACGAAGGUAGCAGAAGCACUGUGGCUGAGAAGAGGAAAAAAACUGUUUUUGACAGGGAUGGCAGCUUGUUAAUUGAACAAGAUAGAGGAACCAAUCGUUUGGAUAAGAAGAACAAGUUUGAGGGAAAAAGAGAUGGAACAUUUCAUUCUGCUGGCAUGCUGAGAGAAGAGUUGGGGGAUUCUGGUGAUGAAACUAUCAGGCUGCCUGGGAAAAAUGGUGUGCUGAAGGUGGUGAUCAAGAAUAAGAAGAAGGUACUUGGAUCUGGAAAACCUUAUAGUCACCAGGAAACGGAAGAAAAUGGAAAGGAUUCUGAGUCUGGAGACACUUCCAUUUGGAACACACCACUCUAUCCUCUCUAUUUGAAAAACAAAUCCCGUGAUGAAUCUGGUUCUUUGGUAAAGAACCAGCUGAAUCUGCAGAAAUCCUCACCAGCUAAAAGUAAGAAAGAAUGUGAUUGGAAAAUGGAGGGCAGUGAUACAACAUCAAAGUUGGAUUCGAAGGAGAUGGAUCUCUGUAGUUCCAAGAAAGUGGUAAAAAGCAAAGCAAAGAAGAAUCUAAAAGAUGAAGUCCCCCCGCCAACUCAAAGGGAGGGAAGAGAAAAGCAUUCUACCACAGAGAAGCAGUUACUACGAAAUCACAUUCGGGACAUGCUUGUCGGUGCUGGUUGGACAAUCGAUUGUAGGCCUAGGAGGAACAGAAACUACUUUGAUUCAGUGUACAUCAGUCCUUCGGGAACAGGUUAUUGGUCAAUUGUAAAUGCAUAUGUAGCGCUUAAAAAGGAAUAUGAAGAGAAAAACUCUGGCAGCGAGUCUUGUAGGACCAAUUUUCCAUUUACUCCGAUACCGGAGGAAGUGCUUGGUAAGCUAACAAGGCAGACACGUAGAAAGAUUCAGAAGGAAAUGAAAAAGAAGCUCAAAAACAAGAAAGGGAGUAAGAGUGCUGAAGAAGCCAAACAAAAAAAAUAUGCCAAAAAUAAGCACAUUAUGAAGAGCACUGGGAGAAGGAAAGAUGGAGGAACAAUGAGUUCACCAAUCAAGCAGUCUAGUAAGUCGCUGAAAAGGAGAAUAAAAUCUACUCAAUAUUCUAAAGAAGUGGAUGGUGCAGAAACUCUGCCUCAUGAAGAGAGCAAUUCGAGUGUUAUCUCACACAAGGGCAUUCAUAUGGGAAAGAAAAAUAAAAAGCCAAGUCGUUGUGCUUUGUUGGUUCGCGGAUCCAAUACUGGUGUGGAUCCAGAUGGUGAUGAUUUCGUUCCAUACUCCGGCAAAAGAACUGUGCUUUCCUGGCUUAUAGAUUCUGGAACUGUUCCUUUGAGUGGGAAAGUGCAGUACAAGAACAGGAGGCGCACACGAGUGAUGCUGGAAGGUUGGAUUACCCGGGAUGGCAUUCACUGUGGUUGCUGUAGCAAAAUCCUCACUGUUUCAAAGUUUGAGAUUCAUGCAGGAAGCAAACUGCGGCAACCGUUCCAAAACAUUUUUGUAGAGACUGGGAUUUCCCUCUUUCAGUGCCAAGUUGAUGCGUGGAAUAGACAGGAGGAUUCUGAAUGCCGUGGAUUCCAUUUCGUAGAUUUUGAUGGUGAUGAUCCUAAUGAUGAUACCUGUGGCAUUUGUGGAGAUGGUGGGGAUCUGAUCUGCUGUGAUGGUUGUCCUUCAACUUUCCAUCAAAGCUGCUUGGGUAUACAGAUGCUUCCUGUAGGUGAUUGGCAUUGUCCAAAUUGUUCAUGCAGAUUCUGUGGGGUAGUUGGUGGUAGUACUGCUCAGAAGGAUCCUGUAACUGCAUCUGCAAUACCCAAAUGUGGUCUUUGUGAGAAAAGAUAUCACCAGUUGUGUGUUGGGGAAACAGAUGUUGUACCUGUUGAUUCCAGUAAUCCACGCUCUAACUUUUGUGGCCUCGAGUGCAAACAGCUUUUCGAGCAAUUACAGAAGCUUCUCGGAGUUAAACAUGAGCUUGAAGAUGGGUUUUCGUGGACUCUCAUUCAGCGCUCUGACUUGGACUCAGAUAUGUCUCCCCGUGUGCUGCCUCAAAGGGCUGAAUGCAAUUCUAAACUUGCUGUUGCACUGGCUGUUAUGGAUGAGUGUUUUCUUCCCAUUGUUGACCGGAGGAGUGGGAUCAAUUUGAUUCACAAUGUUCUGUACAGUUGUGGAUCAAACUUUAAUCGUCUAAGCUAUAGUAGCUUCUACACUAUUGUUCUGGAGAGGGGUGAUGAAAUCAUCUCUGCGGCAUCAAUCAGGAUCCAUGGGACGCGGUUAGCAGAGAUGCCCUUCAUUGGGACUCGUCAUAUUUAUAGGCGCCAAGGAAUGUUCCGUCGGCUUCUAAAUACAAUUGAGUCGGUCCUCUGCUCUCUAAAUGUGGAGAAGCUGAUCAUACCUGCUAUCUCCGAACUUAUGCAUACAUGGACUAUAGUUUUUGGAUUCAAACCUCUUGAGGAGUUUCACAAACAAGAAAUGAGAUCCAUGAAUAUGCUAGUAUUCCCUGGUGCAGAUCUUUUGCAGAAGUUUCUGCUGAAAGAUGAACUCUCUGAGGGGAAUGUUAGUGCUGCUGAAGUUGUGGAGCCUGUUGUAGUCCAAAGCAGUGGCAAUGGGCCUGAGGCAGCAAUGUUAUACAAUAUUAGUUGUCCUGCUGAGCCUGAUGUUGCUGCCUCUGAUGAGGGUGUUGUCCAGGAUGGUCAAGUAAAAAUUGAAGAAGUUUCUGCAAUUGGAUCAGGUUUCCAGGAUACUGGUGGUUCUUCACAUGAUACUUCUGAUGUGAUGCAAGGUCCAUUAGAUGGUCCUGCUGGUCCUAAUGUCUGUGCUUCUGAUGAGGAUGUUGUCUGUGAUGAUCGAGUAAAAAAAGAUGAAGUUGCUUCAGUUAGAUCUGGUUUCGAGGAUAUUAGUGGCUUGUCGCAUGAUACUUCCGAUUUGAUGUGCAAUCCUUCAGAUGGUCCUGGCCAAGCUUUCAGGGAGAGAACCACAUCAUACAAGUCUCAAGAAGUUUCUAUUGACUCCACAUCUCUUCUUCAUUCUUCUCCCACACAAGAUGAACUUGUGAAGGAAAAUAAACCUUUGUCGGAUUCUGCUGUUGCAUAUGCUACUCAAUCUAGUUCAGAGGGUGAGGAGGAUUGUUUUCAUGAAGUAAAGCUUGAUGUUGCUGGUACUAAACCUGAUAUCUGUUCUCUAGACGAAAUUUCUCUGCAGAAAACUACCAAGAUAACCGAAUAGCAGAAUGUUGUUUCGACUUCUGAUAAUGUGAAUACUGGAGAAAACAUCCAUGCAUCUGGUUGUGGUACAUUAGACGUCCCUGAUGUGAAAACUGAAAUCACUGCUUCUGAUCCUCAUUUGCAUCCUUAAGUUUAUGGUGUCACAGACCAAUCUAUUGAUGCUAAAUCUGAAUUCCUGGAUGCUGCUUGUGUGCAUUGUUCACAAGUUCGCAGUGGAGAUAUUUUGUCAUCUUUAAGAGGGUACCAUUCAAAUCUGUCCUCAUGAUGUUCAACCGCUUUAUGCUAUUUCUCAGUGUAGUUUUCAGGGUUCUGGUGAAAGUUUUAUCAAGAUUCCAAGUUGCAAAAGUUCUCAGAAUUUUCUUUUGAUGCAACUGUCGCUGCAAUUGAUACUCAUGGAGUCAAAAGUGGAGUUUUUAAGGUUGAACUUUACCCUCAAGUGCUGGGCAAGGAUCCCCUUUUUUGUUGAUUCCAAGUGUUACAAUGUACCAUCAUUGUAAAAGUUUUUACUCAAGUGGAGGAGAAAGUACAGUGGCUUCAGUUACAUGUAGUCACCAUGGUUCUUAUGGAGCUUCUGUGCGUUAUUCUCGUGCCUCUACUGUAGGACCUUAUUCUCAGGCUCUUAGUCAAAGUAAUGGAUCUUGUAAAUCGGAAUCCGUGCAUUCCCCUUAAAAUACCCCUCCUUGGGCAGAUACUUGUGCCACUUGUUUUGAGUUGUACCAUCAGGAUUCUAGUGAAUGUAAUGUGCAUGAAGAUGCUGCUGGUGAAUGUAAUUGCCAUUGUCCUGACAGUUACUUUUGUGGAAUGUCUGAAAUUAUCAAUAAAUCAUUAUGCUCAACUGAGUCUGGUUCUCAA